UUCGACUUAGGGGUAGAGUGAAGAAGGGCAAAUGAGCGAGAAGACGGAGGAGUCAGUAUGCGAAUAAGAAGCGUUAUAAUUUUCUCCAGUAUUUGUUUGCGUUCCCAUGCAUACAUAAUGAAGGAUAAUUAGAGGAUGCUGCGAAUAUAUUUGUCCAAUGCUAGCCUCUUGAUAACCGGGAAACGAGUUAGAGACGCUUAUAGUAUGCUUUGGUAGAAGUGAAAGAGGCACGACAAGAGCCGCUGGAUUUGUACUGCACACUCAAGAAAAGAACUGUGGAACUACUCGUCUGUACAAUACGGAGGACGGCUGGCUGCUGUGCCAGAACUCAAGUGGGGAGGGAAUGACAAGUUACACAAAGUUUCCGAAUCCUUGAGGACUUCUGAUAAAGAUUUUUUGCGCAAUAGGUUUUGUCUUCGUUAUGAUUUGUGGAGAGCAGAAGAAUUUUUGGACCUUCACUGCAGUCAGUUCUGUCACAUCACUGAACGAAUUCUCACAGAACUUCAGGACAGUAGGCUACUCCAAGACGAAAUAAACCAGCUUGUUCGACCACUAAGAACAGGUAAUCGGAGUCGCCGAAGUACUUGAAGAUAGCUCACUAUACUUCCUCCAGAACUUUAUACAUCUAAAGUUGGAUUGUUUUUGUAGCCGAGUAAAUGGAAGUAUAAAAUCCGUAUGUUUAAGUCUGACCUAAGUUUUCUCGUGUUUCCGCAGCCAUCACAAUGGCAAGAUUUGCCGGCUUGGUACUUUGCCUCCGCAGAUUAAUUUGGCCGUUUGGUUGUCUGUUUGUACUUUUUGGCUAUCUGUCAAUCGCUUCGCCUUCGCAUGGCCGUCGGUUGAUAUGCUGGCAGGCAAUCAUGAAGUGUCACGGAGAACCAGAAUGCUAUUACGCAUACGGACAGUAUAUGCACGCAUGCGGACCCGUAAUCAACGGGGAUAAAAAGAAGUGUCCAAGUCACUGCAUCUCCUCCCUUAUUCAGCUCAAUCUGACUAAAAACGGGCCAUCUCUAGAGGACUGCGAUUGUGACUCGGAUCAUAUUUGCAAAAACACAAAACGUGCCAUCGAGCCAUGUUUACCCCGGACUAGCACCAUGGGUUGCACAGAAGCCCGACGCCAAUGCGAGAGAGACCCCCAAUGUAGCGCUGCCAUGCGCGAUUAUUUAAUUCACUGUGGUAAACUGUUCAGUGGUGUAAGGUGUACGGACGCCUGUCGGAAUGUGAUUUCAGAUAUGCGCAAAAUACCUAAAGCGGAACUCUUGGAUACUUGCGUCUGUGAUGGAACAGAAAGGACCAUCUGCGAAUAUAUUAAAAUAAGUAUGAAAAGCCUUUGCUUUGACUCUCACGACGGUAGUGGAUUGCCAGACUCGGAGGAAGAUCCUGAUGACUACGACGAUAUCUUUGAAGAACCACAGUAUGUGGAAAGCGCAGGUUGGCUUGUAAGAGCCCAGUGUGUUUUGACUGUAGUGGCAUCCAUUUUGGUUCUGCUUCCUCUCCUCUGAUUUUCCAGUUAAUCAUCUACCCGGACUGUUGUCAGAUAAAACACCUUUUUACAAACUUUUUAUCACCCAGCCAUGCAACAGCAGUUGAAUGCUUCUGACUCCAAAGAGUAUAUAUUCGCCUUUGCAUGACACUUGAGUUUCUAAAUUUGAGUUUUGUCCUGAAGGUUGUCUCUUUUAUACGCUGUGAUUUGUCUAUGCAAUUUAUUUUCAUUUUCUGCUUUGGUCGAGGUUAUCCAUUUCUGGUCAGUAGAUUUCAGUAUUUAUUUUGACAUUGAAUGGUCUGAAAGUGAAGUAACUAUGACUACCAAAUACCUAAGCUUUUUAACACUACUGCCUUAAAACAUAUGCUACGUUAAUGCCUUACCACACGCUUCAUUGUAAUAGAAAGUCUGAAUUGCCAGCAUUUACCUUUUCUUUCAAAACGGAAACAAGCAUUUGUUUAGCAAGUGCGAUUAUCUAUAUGCACACACAACAUGUUUUGUUGUUUUGUAGACUGAACAAUGCAAGUUUUAAACAAAAGCUGUGCACUGCCAAUAAUGAACUAGUGUUUAAAGUAUGUUAACUAUUUUAUGUUGUUGCCAUUACCAGGGUGACUGAUAUAACAUCUCCAUAAAAUCUAUUUAAUGCUGGAAUUCAUUGCGAGUAGACUUGUACAUAACAUGUUGAAUGCAUGCUUCUGAAAAUAAUUUAUUUACAAAGGUUAGGAUCACACCCGGAAUUUCAGUGUAUAUUGUUCAGUCGAAGAGGUGAGAAUUCCAGCUUUAAAGGGAAGUUAGUGUGUUGUAUGUAUUUUCUGUUCAAAAAAUUUACUGUACAGUGUAUUAUACAGAUUUUCAGAGAAUCUUUUAAUUGUAUUAUCUAAGAAGAAUUAUUCACUGUGUAGAAAUGUCUAAAUCCACUGUAUAGCUGCCUUGAUGGUGUAUUUUUUAAAGAAGGCAUAAAAGAGACUUAUAGUAAAAGAGCAUCUUCGACUGCGUGUUAUUUGUUUUUAGCUAUAGGCCACAGGUUGGCUUCCUAAUGUAGGUUGUGUCUCUUGCUGGAUUUCUGUUGUUUGUUUGUUGUUUGCUUUCUGUUUUACUAAAGCAGUGCCCCGGAUCGCGUCCCUCUCCCCCCGCAGCAGAGCUAGUUCUGUGUGUUCAAAGGCGUUUAUGUAAAUAAUUACGCUUUUAAGAAGCCUGGAGUGUCCCUACACUUGACCUUGUAAAUAGAGAUGUUUGCCGAAGGAAUAAACUCUGACAUUUGGAUAUCUUUUAAACAUUAACACAAAAGAGAGCGCUUAUUCCUCAGGGGAUUUGAGCUCAAAUCGCGCCAAGAUAGACACAAGUUUAUUUAUCUUUUAUUCAUGGUGUUUGCUUUACA